AUGCAGCAAGAAGGCUCCCUGUGUGCUCAACACUGCCUGAACAAUCUGCUGCAAGGGGAGUAUUUCAGCCCCGUGGAGCUGUCUUCCAUCGCCCAUCAGCUGGACGAAGAGGAGAGGAUGAGGAUGGCGGAAGGUGGUGUUACGAGCGAAGAUUACCGCACGUUUUUACAGCAGCAGCCUUCUGGAAACAUGGAUGACAGUGGGUUUUUCUCUAUUCAAGUUAUAAGCAAUGCCUUGAAAGUGUGGGGUUUAGAACUAAUCCUGUUCAACAGUCCAGAGUAUCAGAGGCUCAGGAUCGACCCUAUACAUGAAAGAUCAUUUAUAUGCAAUUAUAAAGAACACUGGUUUACAGUUAGAAAAUUAGGAAAACAGUGGUUUAACUUGAAUUCUCUCUUGACGGGUCCAGAAUUAAUAUCAGACACAUACCUUGCACUUUUCUUGGCUCAGUUACAACAGGAAGGUUAUUCUAUAUUUGUUGUGAAGGGAGAGCUGCCAGAUUGUGAGGCUGACCAGCUCCUGCAGAUGAUCAGGAUUGGAAAAGUAUCUGUUAGGAAAUGUAGAAGGUUUUGUCUGCCAUUAUUAUCAGUGUUUGUGCUUUUCAGAGUCCAGACAACAGACCUGGAACAAGCCUUGGAAACAAAUGACGGGCCAGGGAUAUUAGAUGAAGAUGAGGAGGAGUUGCAAAAGGCUCUGGCACUAAGUCGCCAUGAAAUUGACAUGGAAGAUGAGGAAGCCGAUCUCCGCAGGGCGAUUCAGCUCAGCAUGCAAGGUAGUUCCAGAAGUACAGCUCAAGAUACUCCCCAGACAUUGGGUACAAAUCUGAGUUCCGAAGAGCUGCGGAAGAGAAGAGAAGCCUACUUUGAAAAGCAGCAGCGGCGGCAGCAGCAGGUGGAUCUGCCAGGACCAGUUCUAGAGCCGAGUGAAAGGCCAACCACAAGUUCGGGAGCACUUGGCAGUGACCCAAGUGAGGCCAUGAGCGAAGAGGACAUGCUUCAGGCGGCUGUGACCAUGUCUUUAGAAACCGUUAGAAAUCACUUGAAACCAGAAGGGGGCAAAUAACAAUGCCUUUGACAGAUCACUCAGAUACUCAUACUUUCCAGCAUUAUCCUGUGUGACUACAACAUAGGGAUUUUUGGUUUUUGGGUCCCCCUCUCCCCCCAGUCAUUUGUCAAAGAGAACAGUGUACAACAGAGAAAAUAAGACUCGUGGGUGGUUUGCAAACAGAAGGAUGGAAAAGUGGGAAAAUGCAUCGGUCAUAGGACUACAUAAUCUUCCAAAUACCAGUCAAAGAGGCUUUCAGCAAUUAAAGGAAUUCACAGUGGUUUUCUAACUGUCCCCCUUUCGUUUCUGCGUGUGCAAUAUGUAGCAUGUCUGCACUUAGGGUCUCCUCCGGGGAGCUUUUUGCUGACCAACUAACAUAGUUCUUGCCCCAGGACUUGUUCCCUAUAUUUUUGGUGGCAGGUUUUUUUUGUUUGUUUUUUGUAUUCUUUGCAGGUUGUUGAACCCACUUUCACCGUCCUAGUGCAGUGGUUCUCAACCUUCCUCAUGCCGUGACCCUUUAAUACAGUUCCUCAUGUGGUAGUG